CUAUUAUAGGAAUUUUUUUUCCUUCGACCAAACUGUAAGAGCUAAAUAGAACUGGUUAUAAAGAUUGCCUCUUUCGCAAGUUGGAGAGGCAUUUCUGCUCGAGUAGUUAGUUGUAGUGCUUCGAAGUGGAAUGGCCAUUUCAGUGUGGCUGCUUGGAAGCAUUUCUGAGAACGUAUCCCUGAUUUAUGGUAUAGUCUGCUGGAUGGAUUGCCAAAUGAUCUGUGAAACUCCAGCAUUAUGUAAAAGUACGGGGAGUCAAGUUCAUAGGUUUGGGCUGCAGCAGUAUAUUUGGUAGGAGUUUGAGAUAGACUGAUAGUCAUAGAAUAAAAUGCUGAGAAGUCAACUGGAACGAGAGAUCCCAAAGAUACACCUAUUGAAGAGGUACCCGGCCAUCAAUAAGCCCGCAGGGGUGGUGCAUUGGUUAAAGCAUAGUCCAGAGGCAGACAAUGUUGAUUGGGUUGUAAUCUUGGAUGCUGACCAGAUUAUUCGAGGACCCAUUGUUCCCUGGGAACUUGGGGCUGAGAAAGGCAAGCCGUUUGCUGCUUAUUAUGGAUAUUUGAAGGGCUGUGAUAACAUCCUAGCACAGCUUCAUACUGCGCAUCCAGAAUUUUGUGAUAAAGUUGGGGGAAUUCUCGCCAUGCAUAUUGAUGACUUAAGAGCUCUAGCACCUCUAUGGCUUUCAAAAACUGAAGAAGUGAGGCAGGAUAAGUCCCAUUGGUCAACCAAUAUUACUGGGGAUAUAUAUGGCAUGGGUUGGAUCAGUGAGAUGUAUGGGUAUGCAUUUGGUGCUGCAGAAGUAGGUCUACGGCACAAGAUAAAUGAUGAUAUAAUGAUCUACCCAGGUUAUAUUCCAAGACCUGGCAUUGAGCCACUUAUCUUGCAUUAUGGUUUGCCAUUUAAAGUUGGAAACUGGUCAUUCAGUAAAUUAGAACACCACGAGGAUGGAAUAGUUUAUGAUUGCAACCGCUUAUUCCCUCCACCUCCUUUUCCUAGAGAGGUUGAAAUGAUGGAAUCCGACCCAAAUGUAAAACGGGGCUUAUUUUUAAGCAUAGAGUGCAUUAAUACCUUGAAUGAAGGGCUCUUGUUGCAUCAUGCAUCUGUUGGGUGCCCGAAAGCACAGUGGUCAAAAUACCUAAGUUUCCUUAAAAGCAGAAGGUUUUCAGAGCUUACAAAGCCAAAGUAUUGGAAAGGCCAAAAGGUUGACAGCACAAUUACUACGCAACAUGUUGCAUUAUCCAAGGCAAACAGUGAAUAUCCAAAAAUACACACCCUUUUCUCCACCGAAUGUUCAUCAUAUUUUGACUGGCAAACUGUUGGGCUCAUGCACAGCUUUCGUUUAAGCGGACAGCCUGGUAACAUUACGCGCUUAUUGAGCUGUACGGAUGAGGACUUGAAGAACUAUAAAGGCCAUGACCUUGCUCCAACACAUUAUGUUCCAUCUAUGAGCCGACAUCCAUUGACAGGGGACUGGUACCCUGCAAUUAACAAACCUGCAGCAGUUCUCCAUUGGCUCAACCAUGUGCAGACUGAUGCUGAGUUCAUUGUUAUCUUAGAUGCUGACAUGAUCAUGAGAGGCCCCAUUACCCCAUGGGAAUAUGGUGCAAAACUCGGACAUCCUGUUUCUACUCCCUAUGAAUACCUCAUUGGGUGUGAUAACAUACUUGCAAAGAUACACACUCGCAAUCCCUCUGCAUGUGACAAGGUUGGUGGUGUCAUUAUCAUGCAUAUAGAUGAUCUUCGCCGUUUUGCUAUACUUUGGCUGCACAAAUCAGAGGAGGUUCGUGCUGACAAAGCUCAUUAUGCAACAAACAUUACUGGUGACAUAUAUGCAUCUGGCUGGAUUAGUGAGAUGUAUGGCUACUCAUUUGCAGCAGCUGAGAUUAACCUGCGCCACAUCAUUAGGAGGGACAUAAUGAUAUAUCCAGGUUAUGUUCCACUACCUGGAGCUAAAUAUAAGGUUUUCCAUUAUGGGUUGAGAUUUGGAGUUGGUAAUUGGAGCUUUGACAAGGCUGAUUGGAGAAAUGCUGAUGUGGUAAAUACAUGCUGGGCCAAGUUUCCUGAACCACCUGAUCCAGAUACCAUCAUGCAAGAAGGUCUAGAUGCACGAGAAAGGGAUCUCCUGAGCAUUGAAUGUGCCAGGGCUUUGAAUAAAGCCCUAUACCUGCACCAUAAGCGCCGAAACUGCCCCCGAAUAGGCACCAUCCAUAGCACAUCUUCUAACAAAAUUGCGAGAAUUGCACAUGAGUCAUCCAGAAAUAGAAAUAGAGGAAAAUUUGAGUCCAUGGACGUGGCAAGGGAAAAGACGGUUGAAAGGGCUGCAGCCACCAUACCACCUGUGCAUAGAUCAAGGAGACUGGCCAGAUCUUCCAGAAUGUGGAUAAUUGCUGUCUGGGCAGUAUCGAUUGUAGUGUUCUUAUUAGUAAUCUCCAUGUUUUUCACUGAUCGAAGGAGAAGCGUCUCCAGAUCUAGGGUUUCUAGAAGUCUGAAGGCCCAUGUCUGAGUAUUCCUAUUCUCUAAGGACACCAUUUCUGACUACAGGAUGGACAAUUUUUCAUUACGUUAUUCCUUUGUGAACAUUAUACAUAAGAAGGGUACAGUCCUGGGACUCUAGAAGCUAACAUCAUCUGUUUGAGUUAUCAGAAGCAGCCAGAGGUCUUGGACCUUCAAAGUCCUCUUUUCUUCUUUUCAGCUUUCUUCGAGUUACUGGCAGGUUUUGGUACUACUGCUGUUGUAUUUGAUUCAAUAGGUUUGUUUACUAUGGUGUAAAGUCACAUAUGUUGUUUCUUUCCUUUAUCAGUUCCCCUUGUCAGAAACUGUCAAUUUGUAGAACAUGUGAUUAAUUAUCUGAGCAUACGGAUACAAAUACAAUGAUCUAUUCUUCUGUUCGAAA